AUGGACUUAAAGGCUAACCUGUUAUACAUUAUUCGCGAGUUAGUCUCUUCGAGCCUCCCUGAUGCGUUGAUAACGGGUCUGCAAGAAGAGGCGAGCGCUGUUGUAGCAUCACCGUCGGUUUCGGUGGAACAGAUGACUAGGAUAGUGAACAAAUACAAAAAAAGGGCCAUCCAGACUAUGGAUAGCUUAUCCCGAUGGCAAAAGCUAGAGGGUCUUCUACAGCUGGUGACUACAUCGCCUAACGAGGAGGAAGCGUCAGCAUAUGUCCAGUUGAUGAGGAACACGCUGCUUGAUGUCCAUUCGCCGCAUCAUCAAAGGUCUCCUCGCAUGUCACAGGAUUCAGUACUAAGCUCACACCUUUUAAGUACGCAUGAUAACCUGGUGACACCCAUCAAAGGCUCCAGGAACUCACCUGGGUACGCGGAGUCCUUUGAGAACAUUGACCGUUACUCUGACAGACGGUCGAUAGUUUCCUCGAACUAUGGGAUGAUGGCAGGGGCUCGACAUGAUAUGGUCACAUUGUCAAGUUUAGCCGAUCCCUAUUUUAGUGCCACCGCGAACGAGCUGGAAAUUCGUGAAUGCUUGCCAUUCACAUUAUUGGCCACUACUUCACAUAUGUUUUCUUUCGAUAAAAGUGGAAUUCACAUACCGACGUCCGUGCCAAAUGGUGAAAGUGGAAUGCUGCACAUCCUAUUCGAAGCUGGGCUUCUUUAUUGCUUUCUCCAGAAACAGGUGGAGGUUCACCGAGCUGAAAGCAACGUGUCCCCUUUAAAAGUUGCAUUCUUAUCGUUCGUGGACGAUCGUGUACACGAGUACAUGAUAAGAAUCAAUCAGAUAUCAAACAGUCCUCAAAUUCAGUCCCUGAAGGCCUUUUACGUUGAGAUUGUUGAGUGGCUAGUUGAAUUCCGCAUCUAUUAUAAGCUGGUGACUGACUUUCACAAAAUGAGGGGAGACCAAUUAGUCUCUCGUAUUUAUGACCUCAAGGAGCACGGCGAUCUCACCGUCCAACGCGUGUUUAAAUCACUGUAUUGCUCACUUGCCCUUCUCUACUAUGAAUAUCUGGCCAACUGGCUUACUCGGGGACAAUUAGAGACAUAUCAGGAGUUUUUCAUUGAACGGAUUGAGCCGUCAAAACACGAUUCUGCCAAUUUAAAAUUGAAUUCUGAGAAGAUACCAAGUUUUAUACCGCUAACAACGGCCGAGGAAAUUUUUAUUAUCGGAAAGACCUACCUUUAUUUGGAAAAGGAUUGCCUGGAGAUCCAGUGGACAAAUGGAAAUAACCAGAAGUACACCAGAAUAUAUGACACUUUGAAAGGCAGCGAGCUAUCCUUAGAAUUUCGGAAGACAGUUCACUAUCAUUAUUUUGAGAUUACCUCAUUCUGUAGAGAAACAUUGGAGGACAAAUUUUCCUUUCGGAAGGUACUUCAGAUGCUACGGGAUGUUCUUUUCAUGGGAAAAGGUGAUUUUAUAGAUCAGAUGAUUCACAACUCAGCAGAUUUCCUUCAGCAGCCUUCAGCAACACUUCCAAGCUACAAGCUGACCAGAUGCCUACACGAGUCAAUAAAGCAGUCAUCAUUGAAGUUUAUGCUUGGAACAAGUCAAAUGAGUAAGAUUGUUGAUGGCAUUGAUGCCAGAGUGUUAGAGCUUGGCCAUGGGUCCAUUGGUUGGGACGUUUUCACACUAGAUUAUCUGGCUGAAAGGCCACUCGCUACUCUCCUAAAUUUUAAGCAAACUGGCGGGCGAAAUGAAUACUUAAGAAUAUUCAAUUUUUUAUGGAGGAUUAAGAAGAACAAUUACUUCUUUCAAAAUGAAUGGUUACGAAAUAAUUCUCUCAUGCGAGAUUUCAGACAGUUGCGCCGAAAUAGGCCAUUCAUGAGAGAUGUCUUGAGGAAAAUGUCAAAAAUUAACGCCCUGAAGUUUAAUGUUCUACACAUAAAUCGCAAGUUAGAGAACCAUUGUUUUCGCUACAUUAUCGAAGAAAAUUAUGCUUGCAUGCAAAUGAAAAUGACGGACGACAAUCGGCCUGUUAAAAGUACCAUGAAAAUCACCCAAAUAAAAAAUGGUCUGAGAGUUGUACAGGGGAUAUUAAAACCUAACCCAUUGUUGAUUUCAAAAAUCACGUCUGACAAUUCGACAGGUCAACAAGAAACUUCUUUCAGCAUAGAUGAGCUUCAAGAAAUACACGACGAUUAUCUUCAGCAAAUCAUCAAUCAUAGAUUGCUCGAUUCCACUUCACAGAACAGUAAAAAAGGUGCUUUUUCAAAUCAAUAUUAUCCUUCUACUUUAAUUAUGUUACUGGGGGACAUUUAUGGAUUCAUUGUUCUUUAUUCGAAUUUUAACGACAUCAUUCAUGAACUCCUGAUAGUACUGAGCUUGCAAUCCGGUAGUGAGGUUACUAAGCUACUUACGAGCUUCAAUACUCUUCUGUCCGAUAUUGUUACUAACUAUAAACGAAUUCAAAGUAUCGCGUACUACCUUAUUAAAGAUCUAAAAGCUGAUGGUGAUACAGAAUUACUAAGUCUAAGUAAAAUUCUUCGAUAA